AUGGUGCCCGCGGCGGUUCACCUCUUCCGACAGCGGCGGGUCGUCUAUCCACGGCUGCCCCGUCCCCUGCAGUGCGGUCGCUGCGGCCUUUUCGGCCACGCCACCGUGAUGUGCCAUCGGGACGAGCGCUGCCUGCGGUGUGCCUGGCAGCACCCCGCGGGUGCCUGCACGGCUGAGCGGGCUCGCUGUCUCCACUGCGGCGGCCCACAUGCUGCCACGGAGCCGAGCUGCCCCAACUGGCAGUUCGAACGAAGGGUGGCCUGCAUCCUGGACAGCACUCAGCCACGCAUCACGCGUCGCCAGGCGCUCACCAUCGCCCGGAAUGCUGCCCCACCUCCGGCUCCCCCCUCGCAGCGGCGGCCCGCUGAAUCACGGGUUCCCGAGCGGCGCCCCUCCGCCCCGGUGCAACCUGGUCGCUCGUUCCGGGACGCCCUGACCGGUGACACUGGAGCACCUACGACCACCAACAACAGUGCUCCGGCGCAGCCCCCCAGCGCCGCAACGCAGGACACGCACGCGCUGGUCGCAACGGCUCUCGCGUCGGCACUUCGUGCGGCCCUUCACUCGGUACCAGCCGACUCGCCGACACAUGUGUCGCCAGCGUUUACGUUCGUGCUGGUAAGCGCUGGGGCACUGAGUUCAUUGUGCGCCUGUGCGAUCGUGUUGGGGGGGGACCUCGUGGUGUGCGGGGACUUCAAUUCCCAUCACUCUGCGUGGGGCUGUGCACGCGACGACGCGAACGGUCGGAGUCUGUUGGAGUCCGUGCUGCGGGCCGGCCUGUUCGUGGCCAACACCGGCAGUGUCACGUUCGUUCGCCGCGGCUGUGCGGGGAGUGCGAUCGAUCUCUCGCUCGUGUCGGAGCGGUGCCACUACGUCUGGCGUCGCAGCCCCGACACGCGGGGGUCGGACCACUUCCCGAUUUUCCUCGUGCCUCACGCUGCCGCCCACCUGCCCACGAGGAGCUACAGUGUAGUGAACUGGCCGCGUUUCCGGGAACUGUGUGCUGCAGUGCCAGUCUCGGAGGGCGGCCUCUUCCGGCACAUCGCCGUCUGUGCGCGUGCGGCAACGACCCGUUGUGUGGUGCCGGCUGGAACCCCUGUGCCGGACAUGAAGCAGCUCAACCUGCGAGCUGCGCGUCGCAGAGCAGAGCGCAAAGCGAUCCGCACGGACAGGAGGGAGCACUGGACCCUGUACAGUACACUGUACCUGUACAAUCGAUUGGACGCUGUCUGUCGUCGCCAUGCGCGGCAGCGUCGCAAUGCGAGCUGGGCCAGUCUGUGCUUCUCCCUGGACGAUGCGCGCGCUCGCUCUCGUCCCUGGCGCAUCCUCGGCGGAAUCCUGCGGCCCCGUGUGCCGCGCUGCCCCGCACUCUCCAUCGCGGUGGCACGCGGUAUCACCAGCGCGCAGCUCGCAGAGCUGCUGGCCGCCACAUUCUGCCCACCACCCACGGUAUCGUCGAGGCCGACGGCGAUCCUGCAGCCCCAGCCCCACCCCAGGCGCGAGCUGAUGGCCCCGCAGCGCUACUUCCCGUCGACGGGCAUCCUGGCGGAGAUUGACGCACUGUGCGCGGCUGACUUCACUAUCGGUGAGCUGCGCGCGGUGCUGUCAGCACGGAAGCGCCGCUCUGCUCCCGGUUCCGACGGCAUCACCUACCAGAUGCUGCGGAACUUCGACAGCGGCCAACUUCAACUCCUGCUGGAUGCCUUCAACGAGGUCUGGCGGACUGGCACCAUUCCGAGCGAGUGGAGCGAGGCAGUGGUGGUGCUGCUGCUGAAAGCCGGCAAACCACCCAGCAACCCUGCCUCGUACAGGCCAGUCUCCCUCACGUCUGCUGCGGGCAAGGUGCUCGAGGCCAUGGCGCUUCGGCGCCUCGAAUGGAUUGCCGAGGCGCUCGACACCUUCGCGGCAGAGCAGAGCGGAUUCCGCCGACUUCGAGCCACCGCGGACUCCCUGGCCGAUGUCGUUGCUACACUCGAGGAGGCCAAGCACCGCGGGGACGCGAGCUACCUCGUUCUCCUCGACGUGGUGAGCGCCUUCGACCAGCUGCCGCACGCCACCAUCCUCGACGCGCUCCGUGCCAUGGGGAUCGCCGGGAGGAUGCUCCGCUACGUGGGGGCGUUCCUCAGUGGUCGUUCGAUGCGGCAGUGUGCUGAGCCCUUUCCUCUUCAACCUCGUCUUGCGCGCAUCGGCGACUACAUCCCCCAGCUGCCGGAGUACGAGGUUCGUGUCGCGGUGUACGCGGACGACAUUGCCCUGUUCGCCGCUGGCCCAACCGAGCGGGGCAGGGCGGUGCGCAGGUGUGUGCAGUCUGCGCUGGAUGCGGUCGACGCGUACAUCUCCGGCAUCGGCCUCACCCUCUCGGCGGCAAAGACCGAGGCGCUGCUGGUUCACCCUCGCUACGGCGGCCGCUAUGAAGUCCCGCGUCUCACCCUUCGUGGGGCGAGCCUCCCGUGGCGACGGAGAGUACGGUACCUCGGCCUCCUGGUGGACCACCGGCUCAACUGGCAACCGGCCGUGGCGGCUCUUCGCAAGGGGACCAGACGGGUGGCGUGUGCAGCACGUUCCCUCAUGGCCCGCGGCCAGGGCUGCUCACCCACCCUGGCACUGCGGGUCGACAACUCGGUGGCCUCCGCGAGGGUGCUGUACGGCCUGCCGCUUGCUGACAUCCAUCCAUCAAAGUGGGAGGCACUGGACGCGGAUCACCGAGCCGUUGUUCGUCAACUCCUGUGCCUCCCACAGUCGUCGCAGGUGGGCGCCACUCUCGCUGAGGCUGGCGAGACUCCCGUCUCUCUCCGCGCUGUUGGCAGGGCGCUCAACACCAUCGAGCGCCUGCACCGAUCGCCGCACGGUCAUCGGCUGGUGGACCAGUUCUUCUCUCUCCCCAACUCCUGCAUGGGCCGCCGCGUCGCCGAGUUCGCCGGCUUGGUCAACUCCGGCCCCUCGUGGAAGCGCAACACCGCUGCCUGCGCCCUGCGGCAGGAGACGGCUGCGGUCAUCGAGGAGCAGCUCACCGGCCGCGUGCUUGUUUACACGGACGGCUCUGUGCUCCGGGACGGCGCGGCUUCGGCUGCCUGCUUCGCCCCCGAGCUCUCGGCGCAGAGCCAAUGCCGUGUCUUGCACGCGGUGUCCUUCACGCAUGCCGAGCUGGCGGCCAUCGACCUGGCGGCCAAACUGCUGUACCAGCGGCGGGUUGCACGGGCGGCCAUCCUGACCGACUCACGGGCGGCGCUCUGCUUGCUGGCCAGAGAGGACCACGGCCCCACGCUGAUCCAGCGGCUCCACCGUAAGCUGGACGGCGUCUGCGAGCUGGGAUGCGACCUCGUCUUCCAAUGGGUGCCCUCGCACGUUGGAUUGCCCGGGAACGAGGAAGCUGACCGGCUCGCAAAGGAGGCCCACACCUUGCCAGUGCCCCGGUCUCUACUGGUGACGCCCUUCGAUGUUGCUCGCCACACCGUUGCUGGCUACCUCCGGUCGUGGCACCCUGACCCACGCGUUGCCGCCGGCAGUCCCCCGAAGUUGCUGCCGCGCAGGGGCUUGGGCCGCAGUGAUCGCGCUCUGCUCCUGCGUCUCCGCAUCGGGUGCUGUCGGACGGCUGAGCGCGUGCACCGCUUGUCGGGACUCGGCACGCCCUACUGCGACAGCUGCUCCGGUGUCGAAACCUUGGACCACGUUCUUCUGCAGUGCCCCGCGUACGCAGCGGAACGUGGCCCUCUUCUUGCCGCCUACCGUCGCCUCGGGAUCCCGUCCGACAGCGCACGGGGGCUCCUGUUUCCUGCGACGCAUCCCUCCAUCGCCAAGCGGGCCUACGCGGCUCUCCUUGAGUAUCUGGAGGAUGCAAACCUGUGUCAGCGGCUCUAA